AUGCAGGAACUCUCAGGAAUAUUGUCUAAAUUCGGUCCUGGAGUUGCCUACGGAACAGACACUAUUCAAUCAUUAAUUAAUGGUGUCGCAGACGUUGAUUAUUCAGCACUAAUUCGUGCAUUUCCAACUUUAGUAAAUCCAUCAACAGAUUCUAGGCAUUAUCCAAACGACGAAUUUCUAGAAUUAGAUCAAAUACGUGAAAAUAUUCUCCAAAAUAUUGAAUAUUUUCUCGAAGUUGAAGAUCCUCAGUAUCCUUCAAUACAAAAUGAGGUUUUACCAGAAAUAGAAGCACCAAUUCACGUUAUAUAUAAUAUAUUUUUACCAAUAAUCGAAAAAAUUACAACAACUAACCCAGAACCAAUUCUCAAAGUCUUGAAUCAAUUAUCUUCAAUGUUAUCGAAGUCAAGUUUCGAAGAAAAUUGGGACCUUCCACUUAUUACUAAUAGGUUAUUACUGUGGAUGUCUUCAAUCAUCGAAAAAUCUGAUUGUCCCCCAGAAGUUGUAAAGAAAAUCAUCGAAUUAUGGGUACAAAUCAUUGAAUCAACUCAUAGAUCAGAGUACAUUAUUAGACUAGCUCAAUGCUGGUUUAAGAACCCCAAUGUUUCUAUUGAUUACGAUAUUUCAAAUUUAUUAAAGUUAAUUAAGAAAAAUUAUCGCAUGACAACUUUCGCAGACUAUGCCAUUACGAAUACAAACAAGCUUUAUCUUCACGAAAUCAUGCCAGAAUCGACAUCUAAACCUACAUCGUUAAAAGAAGUUAGACAACGCAGAAUAGCUGCCUGGAAAGGAUUUUUAUAUGUUGCUGAACCAACGACAGGUCUUACAAAGUUCGGAACUGGCAUUUUAGGUACAGUUUUUGCAUCAAAUGAAAGAUCUUCAGGUGUUUGCAUUAACUGCGAUAUACAUUCAAUCUGCGUAUGUAACAAUCAUCUUUUACUCGGUUUCCAAGGCCAAGCAAAGGGAACAAUUGAUGUUAUGAGUAUAGAAUCACUAGAAAGACUCGGCCAAUUAGAAUGCGAUACGCCAAUCCCACAAGGACCAUUUACAGCUGCUGGAGAUAUGCUUUACAUUAUUUCAAAGUCAAUUCUUUAUUGUUAUGAGAAACAUGGAAUGAAAAUCACCUUAAAAUCACAAAAAGGCCUCAUCAGACCAGAGAGAGAAUUUUUCCCAGUCGCAUUACCAAGAGAUUACGAGAAAUACGUCUCUUUAAUAACAGAUGGUUUAGUUAUUGGAAUUGUCUUCGCUCCAUAUUUAAUUGGCAACAACGAGAACCCAUUAUACCACCAGUACAAUAUAAGCACAGGUGAAUUAAUGCUUACAGAUUCACUUUUACAGGAAAAUUUAUCAUCUCUUUAUGUUGCAGUUGAUAUUGAAGGCAAUACUAUCAUCGAAGCUCCAUAUUGGGACACAGUUUUUGUUUCUAACCUAUCUCCUGUAUACAAAUUCCUUCAAGAUUACACUUUGGACAAAAUUGAGCUUCCAAGCGGAAAUAUUCCACUCCAAAUGAUGAAUGCCAUACUUCCUCUUUUAGCUUCUCGCGUUUCCUUGAAGCUAAUGGACUUAUCUCAGAUUUUUGCCAUUCAAAAUACAGAUAUCGUUUUUGAUCUCAUAGAUUUGAUGAAAGAAGAUGAAAGAUAUAAUGUUUUCGCCGACGCAGCCGUCUCAAUCAUUGCGAUUUUCGAAUACCAGGCCUCGGAAUACCAUACAUAUGAUGUUCAAGACAUAAUGGACAUAUUGGAAUUGAAGAACGUCAGUUCCAUAUCACGUAUAAACUUUAUGAAAGCGUUUGUCAGAGGUUUUAAGAAGAAUUUCCUCAUGACUACGUCAGAUUGUCUAAAAAUCAUAGAAAUUCUGACACCAUAUGAAGUUUCAAUGAUAUUCUCUGACGGUUUUCAUGAUAUUUAUGGGUUUUUAUUGGCAAUUUUAAAUGAACCAGGAGAAAGAGUUUUAGAGUACUUAAAGAACAACUUAUCAACACAGUAUUCCUUCCUUAAUGCGAUGACAUUCUCUUUACUUCGUGGAGCUUUAGUAGAUUACGUCAUAUCUCCAUCUGCUGCAGUUCCUCUCUUCAAAUGCAUUAAAAAUGCAAAUCCAUAUGUGCUUCCAACACUUCUAGCUCCAAUUCUUCCAUUAUUGAACCAAAUGCUCGAAGAAGAUGCAAUUGUUGCAGUUGUAUUUCCUCAAUUAUCAACAAUUUUGGCUUCUUUGGAAGGUCUAUGCUCAGCAAAUCACUUGGCUAAGUACGCUAAGAAGCAUUUCGAAAGCAGAGUUUCAAAUCAUUUUAUUGAAACAACAGUUAUCGAUGAAUCGCCACAUCCAUACGAAAAUAAUUCGAGCUACAUCCAUCCAUAUCAUUUCCCAGGCGCUGUUCGAAUAACAAUUAGUUUUGACCCACAAACAAGUACAGAAGAAGAUUGCGACUUUUUACAGAUCUUUUCUGAUAUCGAUUGCCAGGAACCGAUCUGUCCAAAACUCAGUGGACCAUACUCCAAAUGGGAAAAUAUAAUUGUUAACUCUCAACGCUUAAUUUUCAAAUUUACAUCUGAUCCUUCUUUGAAUGAUUAUGGCUACAAGGCCUACAUAUCCGUAAAAUCAUUCUCAACGACAUUGGCCUACAAAUCACCCCAGAUUUUCUAUGAUUUGAGCCGUGCGAUAUUUUUGAUGUUAUUAAAUGUCUCGAAGAGGUAUGAUUCACCUCCGGAAGGCUUCAGUCCAGAGACUUUUUCAUUUCCAAGAGGUCUCCAACCUGUUCCGUUCACUAAACAAGACGCUAAAGAAAUUGUUAUGAAAAUUUGCAAGAAAUUCAACCAAAAACACGAAGAAUGGGUUGAUGAGAUUAUUGCCAUGCUCGAUCCAAUCUCCUGUUUCCCUAUUGCUUAUACAUAUCUCAAUUAUAUUUACGAAAAUUGCACAGAAGACGAUGGAGACAUAUACUAUCUGUUGAACCUUGCUUCAAUGCAUCCAACAGUUGCAGAAGAAUUGCACCACGAUAUCACAGAAAUGUUUAGCGAAAUUGGAGCACUUUUGAUGCAGAAUACUUUAGGAUUACAAGGUGAAAUGUACAAUUUCCUGUUUUCUGCCCUUAAAACUUCGAAAGGACAAAAGUUUGCCAUUACUUCUUUCAAAGAAGCUGGAAUUCUUUGCGAAAACAACAAUCCAACCUUCGAAGUUAUCCUACAAGCAGCUACAAAGAUCCAGAUUUGUUUAUCUAUCAUUGGACCUCAUAUUCUCGAAGAAAUUCCAGAUGUUGUUCCAAAAUUCUUAGCAGCAUAUCGAAAUAUCAUCAUAUCGGUAUCAGCACCAUCAAUAUUAUCCCUUAAUGAGAAGAUACCAUUGAUAUUUACUGAAAUUGCUAAGACAAAUAAAAUUGAUUCUCCAUUCUUCAAAUGCGUAAGAGAUAACUUAGCUCUUGUUACUCCAACAUCACCAACAAACACAAAUCCGUUCGUUUUGUUCGCUCUUCUCAUUACUUUGAACCUUGAAUCAACUCCAGAUAAUAAUGAUUUUGUUUUAUCAGUAAUUUUGCUGUCAUUGCACUUCAACACGACACAAAUAAUUCCUUUGAUACAACAAAUCCUUAAGAAGUUCACUCUGGCAACUUCUAUCGUUGAAAAACCGGAAAUUGUCGGAAUUUUGGAGUCAAUUGGCAAAGGAUUUCAAUUUAAUGUAUUCGAAUCGACAGAACACGAGUUAUUUGAUGUCGGUCCAUCAUUUUCUUUCGCGAGAGCCACAAUUGUCAGAAGAAUUCUCGAUGAAAAGAAGAUCAACCAACUUGUAGACAUAAUAAACAAACACGAUAAAGCCGCAAGUCUCGGAGCAUUGUUAGUUUUGAGUUGCUGUAGUUUUCCACCUCACAUUAACCAACAAGUUCGAAUUAAAUCGACAGGACAACAAUCCACGAUUUGUUCGAUGGAUUACUUGGAAUAUAGGUUCCGGAAUGAGGAUGGAUUUUCAUUUUCUCUGCCUGCUUUCGAUGUUUCGUCGUUCGAAUUCACUGAAAUUCCUUUUGUUCCAAUAAUGCCGAAGAGAAUCGGUCACGUUUCUCAAGAAUUGAUCGACGCUUUACUCGAUUGCACUGAACAGGAUGACAUAGAGUCUAAAUUCGCUAGAUCUGCCCUUGCAGAACUAUCUUAUAACACUCCACUUCCAUUAGAUUUGUCAGAAUCAUUCAGUCUAUCGGCCAAUUCAACAACCGUUAAUAGCCAGAACGAAUUGUCCGAUGAUUCUGAUAUUAAAAUCGAGAAUUUGGCAAAUAAUGAAAAUAAUGAUCUCCGAAACUCCCAAAAAUUCGAUAUCAAAUCUGAAAAUAGCAUGGACAGAUUCGAGAGAAGCGUAAUCAAGUCAGAAAGUACUGAAAGAUUUGAGAACAUUUACAAAUUAAUGAUGAAGAAGAGCGGAAUCAAGUUAGAACUAAGGCAUUUCUGCGAAGGAGACACAUACGUUUGCAAUAAGAGCAUCCCAUGCUUCAGUGUUAAAUGUAUGCCGAAUAUGACAAUUGGAUAUUGCAGUGGAAAGGCCAAAACGACAUUCCAAUCAUUUAAAGUCAAUAUAACUAAUGAAGGAAUGAUCAAUUUGCCGGCGGCUGUCUCUCAAACUGUUGUUAAAUUAGAAAGUGACAAUAUAAUCAUCGGAUUCUUUGGCCAAUACAAACAAUUGUUCAUACAAUCGGGAGAUAUUUUCGUUAUGCCACCUGUUUUCUUAUCAAUCAUGGAAGAUCCUUGUCCAUUUGUUGUAUCUCAAAAAGAACCUCAAGAUUUCAAUCCAAAUCCGAAAAUCCAUGCAUUCCUCAUGAAGAGAAUCCUUCCUGUUUCAUCUGUUUUCAGCCACGUCGUUGCAAAUAACCAAUUAUACUCAUUAUUCUUAGACGAACUUAGAUUUAAUGGAGUUUCUCCAUCACAGACCCAUUUCCUCCCUGAAAUCUCUAACAAAUCUAAGUUUACUUACCUGGAAUUCAAUUUAUCAGCUGAUUCCAUCAAAGUUUGCGUUCAUCCGAAUACAAUGAGAGCUGUAAGAAUAUACGAAUACACAAUAGAGAAACCAGUGAUCACGAAAACUUUCGGACUUUACAUAAGUAUUGAAAAGUCGAUCGUUUUCCUCACAAAUUGUGGUCAAAUAAUUGAAGACUCUGUUUUCAAGAUAAACAUCAAUUCUCCAAUUACCGUUGGCUUUGAAAUGAAAUGCGCGGAAAAAUUAAAGGUAAAUACAGGUUUCGCUCCAUUUAUUUACGAUAUUAAGAAACCAAAAGAGUUCAACAACCUAAAGAACUUCAAAUCGACCAUGAACUCCGAUUGCAUUCCAUAUUCCUUCGAGCCAGUCUUCCAAGGCAAGAUUCCUUUCGAAUUACAAACAGUUAACGGCGAAAGCCAACACAAAAGCGAGGUAGAAUUCGAAAGGCCAUGUAUAUUAACAGCUGCGGACAUUGAUGCCAAGUUAUACCACAGAUCAGCUGUAUUUACUCAAAUUCCAAACACAGACAAAGCAUCUGUUCGUUUAUUCAACGCCAGGAGCCAAACCCGGAUAUCUCUCGACCUUCCAAUGCGUUACAUUUACUCUUUGGCCGAUUGCAUCGAGCCAUUAAAUGUUUUCGCAGCCUAUGAACGCAUGCAAAGGACAUUAAAGCCAUAUUUGAGUCCUUCCCUUUUCUUCCAGCCAACGGAGAUGAUGCAGAAAGGCCUUACAAUGCUUACAACCGAUUUACAACAAGAUUUCUUUUCGAACAGGAUGAAACAAGAAAACAUGUUGAUUUAUAUCCUGUCCGUGAUGCAGAACAUCGACCAAUUCGAUGACGACAUCAAACUAGAAAAGGUUGUAAUCCAAGCAGCAACUAUUUUAGGCGUUGACGAUUUCACCUCUUUGUGUUGUGAAACAUUAAGUCCAAUUUUCGCUCAUGUUUCUGUCAAAAAACAGAAAAUUUUCAGAAAUUUAGUUCAAAAAAGUAUCAAAAGUUUAUUAUUUGACAGAAAAUUGGAACUUGUUGUUUGCAGCAACAGACACAACGAUGUAUUAGUAGAGAUAGAAAGGAGAAAUGCCGAUGCUAUCUACGUGAAAUUCUCCGACAACAAUUUGAAUUUGCCAUUAAUUGCAAAUUCAUACAACCAAGAAUAUGUAUUAUGUUAUGAACAUCAGAAUGAAAUUUCGCAAAUGACAAUGCUUGGUGACAUGUUCACCAUUACUAAUUUGUCACCAGAAAGCAUUGCAUUUCUUGAAAUUUAUCCAAUACAAAUGGACAAAUUCGAAGAAAACCAUUAUUUCAGAUUGAGUUUGCAAUUGAUUUCUUUUGUUAUCAGUCAUUGCGAGAGAUUGAACUUAAAGAACAUCUUGCACGAACUGAUCUUCAUUCCUUUGUUCGAGCGCUGCAUGUCCCGCAAAUUGUUGUUGUUUGGAAACAUAAUUUCCGAAUGGUUCCUUCGAAUUAUUUCUCUGAAUUUGUUGACAGACGAAUACAAAGAGAAAUACGCAAAACUAAUUAACUUGGAAACACUUUUGUUAAUAAGGGAUUCCAAAUUAGCAAUUAGUUUAUGCAUAUUUAGCUUGUACGUCUAUGUAGGAAGCGGAAAGAACGAACACCAAAUCAGAGAAAGACUCGUAAACAUAAUAGAACCAUUCUUAGAAAAACAAAAUGAAAAUACAGCGGCUGCUAAAUUGUUCAGAAGAAUCGCAGCUGAUUUCAUGUCACCUUUUGCUGUUUCACCUUCGAUGUUCCCAUUUUUAAGACAGGUGAGACCACCUCUAAUCACAAGUUUCUCAUUUGAAGCUUUGAUCAAAUCCCGCAAAUACCAAAAGAAGUUUUCUUUCGUUCCUGAUUUAGAAGACAAGAAACCACAAACUUCUGUGAUAAAUUUGCAGGAUAAUUCGAGGGUUUACGUGCAAUUGAGCGAAGAAAACAUUCAGCCAGGAAAGAUUAAGUUCGGAAGAGAUGAAAUAACUAAUUCCGGAUUUAUUGAAUUGGAUGACGAAGAAGAAGAAAUCGAGUUUUCAAUACAAAGAGAUGAAGUGACAUCAAAUUUGGUCGCAGAAGUUUACACGGAAAAAGAAAAUGAACACCCGAGUUAUUCAUCAUUUUUGAAGAUAUUUACUAUCUACAAAGAACUCAAAGACCAAUGGACAUCAAAGGAUGAAGCAAUGGCAACUGCUUUGGCAACUUGUUUGAUGGAAAACGAGAAUUUGCUGAUUUUUGAUGACAGUUAUUUCUCCAAAUUUUUCCCAACAGUUUCCGUUGAAUCUUCUCGAUUUAGAGUUUCUCUUUUGAUGCUGUUAAUUAAGUCAUCAGCCCCAGCAAAUCCUGAUUUCCCGAUGACUCCUGGUUUCUCACAUUAUCUUCCUUUUCUUUCGAGUAUUUCGAUGCCACACGACGAUUUAAUGGCCAAACAACAAGUCUGCGGAUAUGUCCCGAUUUCCAUUGUUUCUCUCACGAAUUUCUACGUAAGAGCUGCUCAACAAUUCGCUACUUACGGAGUAUUCCCAGGAGAAAACUUCAUCAGGGACAUUCAGUUGCUAAAUAUCAAAGAUUUGGCAACGAUUUUGAGAGUCGUCAGACAAGCGAAAGACGACAUUUUCGAACAGCCUUUGUUCACUGAUGAAUCCGCUUUGAUUCCACGAUCAAACGCCACAAGUUUGGACGAGUUGAUUGCAUUCCUUGGAUUUGGAUUCCACAUGAUGAUGAAUGCGAGUGCAGGAAGAAGUUUGCCGUUGCCUGUUUCCGCUGUUGUAAUUCGUUACGCGUUUGGAGGACAGAUAAUUAAUGAUGACUUCUUCGAUAUAGAUCCGGAAUUCGCACAAGCAGAGCCGACAAAGGCUGCAAUCAAUGAGAGAUUGGAGCCAAUCAUGCCGCAGUUGAGAGCAAUCAGAUGCGGUGUACAAAUGGCACAAGGACCAAGAAAAGUAUUCGAUGUAAAUAACCCAAUUUUCCCAUGGUUAGUUCAGAUUUUACCAUUGACAUUCCCAAGAAUUGUCAAGGAUAAGUGUUCGCCAAUGAUCAUUCCUAAACUAAGAGAAGAAAUGUUUAUCAAGAAAGUUUCAUUGUUAGAUGAAGAUGAAGACAAAGAAAAAACUAUUUUGGAUAUUCUCCAAAAGUUGUUGUAA